CGCGGACGGGCAGCUCUUCACUCUGAGUGCCGCAGAGACUCGAUGCGUCUGCAGUUUCCUCUGAUUAAACGGUUCUAAUCGGGUUCCUCCGUUACUGAUUAAAAGUAACGCGCGUAAUUUUCCCGUUUCUUUCUGCAGUGCGCUUUUGGUUGGACAAAUGCUUUCUUGGAUGCGACUGAGGGGUUUGAUCGCGGUCAUGCCGGUUUACUGAAGAGUCUGAUUAAUCGUGUUUCAUUAAUCAUGGAUACUAUCGGAGUUUCUUUUCUUGACCCGCUGGAGGACUAUGAGAUCCUUCAGAGGAUCGGCAGUGGGACAUACGGUGAUGUGUUUAAGGCGAGGAACAUCAAGACCUCGAAAAUUGCUGCUAUUAAAAUUGUUAAGCUGGAUCCGGGAGAUGACAUCACAUCUAUUCAGCAGGAAAUCACCACAAUGAAGGAGUGCAAGCAUAAGAAUAUUGUGGCCUAUUAUGGCAGCUACCACAGAAAUACGAAGCUUUGGCUCUGCAUGGAGUAUUGUGGAGGAGGGUCAUUGCAAGACAUCUACCAUGUGACUGGGCCUCUAAAGGAGAAACAGAUUGCAUAUAUCUGUAGAGAAACUUUACAGGGUUUAAAUCAUCUCCAUGAAACUGGCAAAAUUCAUCGUGAUAUUAAGGGUGCCAACAUACUUCUAACUGAUCGAGGAGAUAUCAAACUGGCUGAUUUUGGGGUUGCUGCAGAGAUCAGUGCCACUGCUGCCAAGAGGAAAUCUUUUAUUGGAACUCCCUACUGGAUGGCCCCUGAGGUUGCAGCUGUGGAGAAGAAAGGUGGCUAUAACCACUUGUGUGACAUUUGGGCAGUAGGCAUUACUGCCAUUGAGUUGGCAGAGCUGCAGCCACCCAUGUUUGAUCUUCAUCCCAUGAAAGCUCUCAUGUUGAUGUCCAAGAGCAGCUUUCAACCUCCUAAACUGAAAGAUAAGGCAAAAUGGUCCCCAGGGUUCCACAGUUUUGUGAAGAUGUGUUUGACAAAGAAUCCUCGUAAGAGGCCCACAGCAGAAACUCUUUUACAGCAUUCUUUCGUUACACAGCUACUGACAAGAAACCUAGUCAUUGAGCUACUGGACAUGGCUAACAAUCCAGAUCUCCACCAGGCACUGAGCAUAGAGGACAAUGAUCAUGAUGCUAAUGAUGCUACCCCAGAUAAGAUCCAGUCAAAGGCAAAAUGUUUACCGGUGGAAAGAAGUCUUUCUGAGGAACAGUUUGAUCAGGUCAAAUUCGCACCUCUGAGGAGGAAAGAGACUGAUCCUUAUCCAGAUCUGGACUCAUGUGAUGACUGGAGCAUUUCGGGUGAUGAAACUGAGUCUCCGAGUCUGUUGGACUGUGUGGAAGAGGAGCUGCAACAAAGGAGCCUGACAAUAAAAGAACAAUCGUCCUUUGAGUGGGGAAAAAGGAAAAGUGCAUUAUUCAGUCCUCCACCCGUAUCCGCCACUGCAUCACUUCCUCCCAUGAGCAAUUUUAAUACAGCUCAGGAGGGAACAGAUCUAACCCUGCGACCCAGUGCUACCCUAAAAUCUGAUUCAACGCUUCGACCUAAAUCAGCUCUGAUAAGAUGCUCGGCCAGUCAUGAUGUGCGGCAGUGGUCCAGUGACCCUUUUGUUCCUGGCGAGGACAAUAAUCAAAACAAGCGGCAAAGCCUUACUACCAGCAAAGACACAGCUCUCUCUCCUGAGUGGAGCACAAUGAGAAAGAAAGCGGAAGAUUCGAGAGCUGAUUCUCAUGGACUCCCUCCCACCCCCCAAGUCCAUAUGGGGGCCUGUUUCUCUAAGGUUUUCAAUGGCUGCCCAUUAAGAAUCCACUGUGCUGUGACAUGGGUUUUUCCAAAAACCAGAGAUCAGUACCUGAUAUUGGGGGCAGAGGAGGGGGUCUACACACUUAACUUAAACGAGCUUCAUGAGGACACUUUGGAAAAGUUACUUCCACAAAGAUGUACUUGGCUAUAUGUCAUGAACAAUGUCCUCAUGUCUGUUUCUGGAAAGUCAUGUCAGCUUUACUCUCAUAGUCUGAUUGCUCUGUUUGAGCAACAUAGACAUGUCCAGAGGAAACCGAGUCACUUAUCCCUCAGCACCAACCGCUUCACUGACAGAAUUAUCCACAGGAAGUUUGCUGUAUCGCUGAAAAUCCCAGACACUAAAGGCUGUCGAAAGUGUAGUGUUGCUCGUAACCCAUAUACCGACAGCACAUUUCUUUGUGCGGCUGUGCCCUCUGGACUUGUUCUGCUCCUGUGGUACGAACCCCUGCAGAAAUUCAUGCAUCUGAAGCACAUAGCUGUAAGUCUACCUGACCCUCUGAUCAUUUUUGAGCUGCUGGUUUUGGUCACGGAUGAGCUUCCUCAGCUUUGUGUAGGUGUGAGGGAAUGUAAUGACCCUCAGACGAAGCAACAACUAACAUUUGACAUAAUUGAACUGAAUGGCACAUCAAAUUCAAGUUCAGAGAGUGAAUGUGUUAGAGCAGGGCAGGUAACACAGCUGGAUAGGGAUACAGUCCUGAUUGCACUAGAAGGAAUGGUGAAGAUUGUGGAUCUGCAGGGUGUCCCAAGCAUGGAAUUAGCUUCAGAAAUGGAAUUUGGUUUCCCCAUUGAGACUUUAGUUUGUCUACAAGAUAGUGUUUUAGCUUUCUGGAAGCAUGGACUUAAAGGACGCAGCCUGCACAACUGUGAGGUAACACAAGAAAUCACAGAUAAAACACGAAUGUUUCGAGUUUUAGGCACAAACAGAGACAUUGUUUUACAAAGCACCCCAACUGACAACCCUUCAUCACCCAGCAAUUUAUAUAUUUUAACUGGUCAUGAAAACACCUACUGAAAGAGAGCAACAGUAAGACGAGACCAAGGGAACUGGAGAGCGAUAUGGCAACGUUAUUCUGAACUCAUACAAUGUCCACCAAGUAAAACCUUAUUUCACUGUCUAAAGUGCAAAGCUUCAUGCUUUUUACCAGAAACAACUCUUUUAUCAAAAACAACAAACACUCUUCUGUUCUUUAGAUAAAAACAUAAUGGGAAAACCUGAUAAUCACCAAAUACUGCGGUUUGUUACCUGCUAAUCACAUUAGCAUACCAAUACCAAAACAUCCUAGCAAUGAUAAAUGGCUCCACUUUAUAUGGAGAUACAGAAUGAAGGACUGCUUUAUAAUCAUCCAUGCACCUUACCUUAUUAUGAACUGGUUUGAGGAUUUUGAGAUGGUACACUAUAACGAAAUGAAGCACUAUCACUGAAGUCAGAUCUGACUGGAACACAAAUAGACUGAUUAACAUAUGAUUCAUAUGGAAUAACAUAAAUCAUUUGUCAAUCAUCUGAAUAAUAUAAUAUUAUGUGAUAGAUAACAUUCAGAUUUUAAAGGGAAAAAUACAUAUUAAUAUUAAUAUAAUAUUAAUAUAUUAAUAUUUAUUGAUUUAUCUGUUGGAUAACUGGUUGUUAACUUUUUAUUAUCAACAAUUCUGUUUGAUUUCCUGCUGGUACGGGUGCCAGUGCCAGUUUUUCAACUUAAUGUUUUUCUCCCAUCAGUGGCCUCAUGGUUAUCAUCUUGUGGAUUUGCUGCCUUGCAUACUGGAAUCUCCCUCAUUUUUUAUUUUUUAUAGGGGACCUAUUUUGAAAAAUUUCCUUUAUGGCCAUUAUUGGACAUUC